AUGGCGGAGGCAUCGAAGUACAAGAAACUCACCCCCAUCGACCAUGUCCUCAUACGGCCGGAGAUGUACGUUGGCAGCGUGGAUACAUCCUCCAGUUCCAUGUUUGUCUUUGAUCAUGAGAAGGGCCGCAUGGUGUGGGAGUCACUGAAGGUCAACCACGGCCUCCUGAAGAUCGUGGAUGAAAUUCUCCUCAACGCCUCUGACAACAUCGCAAACAAAGGCGGGCGCAUGACGUACAUCCGCGUUCACAUCACGGAGGCUGGGGAAAUCACAAUAGAGAAUGACGGUGCCGGUAUCCCCAUUGUACGCAGCAAAGAACAUAAACUUUACAUCCCAGAGAUGGUUUUUGGCCACCUUCUCACCAGCUCCAACUACGACGACACGAGUCAGAAUGCCGUCGCAGGACGUCACGGAUACGGCGCAAAACUAACGAAUAUUUUGUCUCACCGCUUUUCCGUCUGCUGCCGCACAAAAGGGAAAGAGUUUCAUAUGAGUUGGCACGAUCAUAUGCGCAGGGCGACAGCCCCACGUGUGUCGAACGUCGACCCAAGAGAGAGGAAUCUCACACGGGUGAAGUUUCUUCCAGACUACGAACGCUUUGGAUUGGACGCGAAUAAAAUCUCACACGACAUGAAGCGUGUGCUGCACAAGCGCAUCAUGGAUCUUGCCGCGAUGUUUCCAAGCAUUGAAAUAUCACUGAACGGCGUCCCGUUUGCCUUUAAAUCCUUCGCCGACUACGCCAUGUUGUACUCUUCCCCCACUUCCAGUGGAGAAAUGCCACCGGCACCGUUUGUGUACGAGAGCCGCAAUGGUGCCAUUGCGUUUAUUCCCUCCCUUACCGCCGGCACACGUCGUAUCUUUGGUGUCGUGAAUGGCGUCGUGACGCACAACGGCGGCACCCACUGCAACGCGGCGCAGGAGGUCUUACAAUCCUCACUGGAGAAUGUUGAGAAGGCACUGAAGAAGGAUAACAAAGUGAUUGACACAAAUCGUGUUUUGCGACAUUUUACGAUUCUUGUGUUUCUCGUGCAGGUGCAACCGAAGUUUGAUUCGCAGAACAAGGCGCGCCUUGUUUCCGUGCCAACGAUGCCGCGUGUUCCAAAACAGGAAUUGAUGGACUUUCUUCUUCGCAUGCCGUUUCUCGAGGCGCAUGUCAACACCGUGACGGGGCAGCUCGCACAAGAACUUAAUAAAGAGAUGGGCGCCGGGCGACGCAUGAGCAGCAAAUCUCUCAUCUCUUCCAUCACGAAAUUAGUGGACGCCACCACGACUCGCCGGGACCCAAGGUUCGUCCGCACCCUCAUUGUCACGGAGGGCGACUCUGCAAAGGCACUCGCCCAGAACUCCCUGUCAAGCGACCAGAAACGCUACACAGGUGUGUUCCCACUCCGUGGGAAGCUUUUAAACGUGCGCAAUAAAAAUCUCAAACGCCUUAAGAACUGCAAAGAGCUACAGGAACUCUUCUGUGCCUUGGGGCUUGAACUGGGGAAGAUCUACAAGGACGCGGAGGAGCUACGCUAUCAACGCCUGCUAGUCAUGACAGACCAGGAUGCCGAUGGAUCACACAUUAAAGGACUUGUCAUCAAUGCCUUUGAGGCACUAUGGCCCUCGUUGCUGAAUCGCAAUCCGGGCUUCAUUUCCAUUUUUUCGACGCCCAUUGUGAAGGUGCGUCUGAGAGACAAGUCGACCCAUUCCUUUUUCAGUCUGAAGGAGUUUCACAAGUGGCAGAAGACACAUGGAAAUGUUUCCUAUACCGCUAAGUAUUAUAAAGGUCUCGGCACAUCCACAACAGCCGAGGGAAAGGAGUACUUUAAAGACAUGGAUAAGCACACAAUGCGACUUGUGGUGGAACGUAAUGACCAUAAAUUACUUGACAGUGUGUUUGAUUCCCAGGAAGUGGAGUGGCGCAAGGAUUGGAUGACAAAGGCAAACGCUUACACAGGGGAAGUUGAUAUAGAUCGAAGUAAGAAGACACUGACUGUACCCGAUUUUGUUCACAAAGAGAUGGUACACUUUGCACUUGCCGGUAAUGCCCGCGCUCUUGCACACGCUGUGGAUGGAUUAAAACCCUCCCAACGGAAAAUUUUGUGGGCCAUUAUGCGUCGCUCUGGUAACGAAUCGGCCAAAGUGGCACAGAUGUCAGGUUAUAUUUCGGAGGUUUCGGCCUUUCACCACGGGGAAAUGUCAUUGCAAGAAACGAUUAUUAAAAUGGCUCAAAAUUUUACGGGUGGGAAUAACAUUAACCUGCUCAUUCCAGAGGGUCAGUUUGGUUCUCGUCAGCAGCUCGGUAAUGAUCACGCGGCGGCUCGUUACAUCUUUACAAAACUCUCCAGUUUGGCACGGAUACUUUUCCCCAGUGAAGAUGAGCCUCUGUUGGAUUACGUUACGGAAGAAGGACAGCAGGUGGAGCCAAACCACUACGUUCCCAUUCUUCCUUUGCUGCUGUGCAACGGCAGUGUUGGUAUUGGAUUUGGUUUUGCAUCAAACAUUCCUCCUUUUCAUCCGCUUGACGUUUCAGCAGCGGUACGAAGCAUGAUUAAUGGCGAGGCUGCCAAAGUUGUAGUACGGCGGCUUGUGCCGUGGGCUGUAGGGUAUCAGGGUGAAGUACGUCGAGGGCCCGAAGGAGAAUUCAUUGCGGCUGGAAGUUAUCAGUACUACGUAGAUGGCCGUGUGCACGUGACGGAGAUACCAUGGACACUUAGCAUUGAGGCAUUCCGCGACCAUAUUUCCGUUCUCGCUUCGAAGGAUGUUGUGCAGCGUAUUGCCGACUAUUCGGGUGCGAACCAUGUGGACAUUGACUUGGAACUCACGAAUGGCGCUAUGACAACAUACGCGGAGUGUGAGAGUGAACUUUCCCUCACCCAACGUAUUUACAUCAAUGGGACCGUCUUCUCCCCCACUGGUGUCCUCACCCCUCUGGAAGGGGAUUUGGCACCUGUUUUACAGUGGCAUUACGACCGCCGCCUUGACCUUUACAAGAAACGACGUCAACGUAACUUGGGCCUUCUUGAGGCUGAACUCGCACGGGAGAAAUCCACGCUGAAGUUUGUGACCCACUUUCGUGAAGGAAAAAUUGACAUUGUCAACGCCACAGACGACAGUCUGGCAAAGACGUGUAGUAAAUUGGGUAUGGUUCGCGUCGAUGACUCCUAUGACUAUGUCCUGCGUAAACCCAUCACCUUUUACACAAAAACGAGCCUGGAGAAUCUUAACCGCAAAAUCGGCGAAACCGAGAAACGCAUCGACAAGCUCAAGAAGACAACACCUGUUCAGAUGUGGCUUGACGAGCUCGACCGCUUCGACCGCGCAUUUGAGGAGCAUGAGAAGACGGCGGUGGCGACCAUUCUUAAGGAGCGACGGGUGAACCCCCCAACAGGAGAUGUUAGUCGGACCCUGCAACAGCCGCGACUGGAGUUGGAGGAGGUCAAAGUCUCUUCUUCCGGUGGGAAAAGCGUCCCAAUGCGGGUGAGGGUGCGGAAGUACGUGCCCCCGCCACCGAGUAAACGGCCCAAUGUGGGCCAGAGUGUUGGUGGUGGUGGUGGUGGCAGCGUCAGGAGCAGUGCGGCGGCGGUGGUGGCACAUGUGAAGGCCGAAAAGAAGGCGGCGCGAGCAAGAAGCAUGCAGAAGAUGUUGUUAGAUGUCGUUGCACGGCAAGUGGCACGUGUCCUUCCACGACUGCCGUGGUUUUUGUUUUGA